AUGGAGAGCACAACAUUCUUCCGGGGCCUGCUAUCAUACAUGUGGGAAGGCGACCGUAACGUGUCGAAGGAGAGCUUCCGCCUCUGGAUCUGCGAUGACGAGACUCGAAUGACUCUGAUGCAAUUCAAGCGCGAGCACAUCGACAAGCGUGAACACCACGAUCAGCUUCACAACGUUUUGGACGACUUUAGCAAGCUCAAGAGCCUAAAGGGCAAGAUCAAAGUCCCCGCUCAGCAGAACAGUACCCGACGCGUAGGAAUAGUCAUGGCUUAUUAUCCCAUACCAGCUGUGAUCUCGACUGGCAAGUUCUACUCAGACGAUGAGUGGAAAUGGAAGGCAGCAUGGUCUUUGUUCUUCACGGUGCUGAAGGACCUACAACAUGACAAGGUCGGCUACUUUGUACAGCUUCUUGGUGGUCCUUCUUUGUUCGAGCAUAUGCUGGAAGUCAAGCCCGCGGCGCCUCGCAACACACUGUUCGGCAACCCUGUUCAUUCCCCAUCAAGCCAGCCAUAUUCAAGCAGUGCCGGAUCGUACACUGUCACCGAUCCUGCACCGAGCACGAAGAGAAAUGUUUCGGUGGCGAUGGUUCCGAACAGAUUGCCUUAUAGGGACACAUAUUGUCGGUCGAAGCGGGGCGGCAAAGCAAUUCGCAAAGCGGAGGCGAAGCGGGCAGCGAAGGAUGCAGAAGUGAGGAAGCGGAAACGAGAUGCUGGUGAGGCGAGUGAGGAUGAGGGGCCAGAUGGUGGACCACAAGAGAAGUUCUUUCGGCGCGACCGUACGAGGCGUGGUGCCUACUUGUAUGAGCCUGUCAAAAGGACUGCCAGCCAGCGACGUGUGGAAUAA